GGGUGGCGGGAGAGGCUGUGCGUGACAUGUUCCAAGCCGACUGGGUUGAAACCUCCCCGCCGUCGAGGCGCAGGUUGAGCCGACCCUGCCCGUUUAAACCCAGAAGACAACCCACCGCGACUCAAAUGCGAGAAGAAGAAAAAAAACAAAAAGGAAAAGAGGCCAGGGACGCGCGGAGCGUGGGUGUAAAUAGGCACGCGUGAACACGCACUCUCUUUUUUUUUUAUCUCCCUCCCCUCCCUCUCUUCUUCUAUCUCUCCCUUCUCUCUCCCUCUGUUCCCCUCUUCAUCCCAUCAAUGAGCGACUUAUUAAGCAGGACUUAAAACAUCGGGACCGGGAAAAAAAAAAAAAGACAACAACAACAACCCACCCCCUCCAAAAAAAGAAGGAGGGCAUUGCGCGCGUCUCGGCCAGGCGCUACAUGUGUUUGCACGCGCGUGUCAAUAUUGGCAGGACGGCAGAAACCCCCGCCAGCGAGAAGACUUCAUCAGCUUCUGUUGCGCCCCGGUCUCAAGUCGGAGCGACCAUGGCAACUUUGACCAACGGGCAGGUGGACGCCGCCGCCAACGGGCUGGUGAACGGAUUAAGCCACGGCCACGGCUGCCCGGCCACCAUCCCCAUGAAGGACCACGACGCCAUCAAACUCUUCAUCGGCCAGAUCCCGCGCAACCUGGACGAGAAGGACCUGCGGCCCCUCUUCGAGGAGUUCGGCAAGAUCUACGAGCUCACCGUGCUCAAGGACCGCUUCACGGGCAUGCACAAAGGCUGCGCCUUCCUCACCUACUGUGCCAGGGAGUCGGCCCUGAAAGCCCAGAAUGCAUUGCACGAGCAGAAGACCCUGCCAGGGAUGAACAGACCCAUCCAGGUGAAGCCAGCAGACAGCGAGAGUCGAGGAGAAGACAGAAAGCUCUUUGUGGGCAUGCUCAACAAGCAACAGUCCGAGGACGACGUGCGGCGUCUCUUCGAGUCCUUCGGCAGCAUCGAGGAGUGCACCAUCCUCAGAGGUCCUGACGGAAACAGCAAAGGCUGCGCAUUUGUAAAAUAUUCAUCUCACGCAGAAGCCCAGGCGGCCAUCGGUGCUCUCCAUGGCAGCCAGACCAUGCCGGGUGCAUCGUCCAGCCUGGUGGUGAAGUUUGCAGACACAGACAAGGAGCGCACCAUCAGGCGCAUGCAGCAGAUGGCAGGUCAGAUGGGGAUCUUCAACCCCAUGGCUCUGCAGUUUGGAGCCUAUGGUGCCUAUGCUCAGGUGCAGCAACAGGCCGCCUUGAUGGCGUCAGUGGGCCAGGGCGGCUACCUCAGCCCUAUGGCCGCCUUCGCCGCCGCCCAGAUGCAGCACAUGGCCACCAUCAAUGGACUACCUGGCGCGCCACUCACACCCACCUCAGGCGGCAGCACCCCUCCAGGCAUCAGCGCCCCCACGGUGACCAGCAUCCCCUCCCCCAUCAGCGUCAACGGUUUCACUGGCAUGGCGCCCCCGCAAGCCAACGGGCAGCCCCCCGCAGAGGCCGUCUUCACCAACGGGAUACACCAUUACCCCGUGUUGCAGGAAGUGGUUUUUCGGGAGGAUUCUGAGAAAAACGGGCUGGGUGUCGCUCCAAGGAGUUGUUUCGGAGUCCAGGGUGGCUGCUUCCUGUCUUCUCUCUCUGAAGCUCAAAGUCCGACUGCAGCUGAUCCUCUGCAGCAGGCGUACGCAGGAGUGCAGCAGUACGCAGCAGCCUACCCCGCCGCAUACGGCCAGAUCAGCCAGGCCUUCCCCCACACCCCCACCAUCAUCCCCCAGCAGCAGCGAGAAGGACCAGAAGGUUGCAACCUGUUCAUCUACCACCUCCCUCAGGAGUUUGGGGAUGGAGAACUGAUGCAGAUGUUCCUGCCAUUCGGUAAUGUCAUCUCCUCCAAAGUGUUUGUGGAUCGGGCGACAAACCAAAGUAAAUGCUUUGGCUUCGUGAGCUUCGACAACCCAGGCAGUGCCCAAGCUGCCAUCCAGUCCAUGAACGGCUUCCAGAUCGGCAUGAAGAGACUCAAGGUGCAACUGAAGAGGCCGAAGGACGCAAACCGCCCCUACUAGUCCCCGGCCAGCCGCCCACGUGGCGCACAGGUUUUGUAGAGCUGAAUCAUAUGUUGACUAUUUGCCACCCGCUACAGAACGCAAACUCAACAUCUGAGACGCUGAGGCUGCUUUCGGAAGGAGAGGACAUCGAGGGAGAGAGAGAGAGAGGGAGAGAGAGAGACAGCGAUGUAAGAGUCAUGGAAAAUUCCUUUUGGAUGUACUGAAAAAAAACUUUGGAACUCAGAGAGAAUUUGUACCACCUUGGUUUGCCCGUGGACUUCUUCUUCUGCACAUGUACACACCUCCUUCCUCCUGGAACCCUGCUUGGAUGACAGCUACUCUACCUUUUUCUGGAACACAACAACUUUGUCUGGAACAGUAAAAGGGAGCGGGGGAAGUAAAAAAAACAAACAAAAAAAACAA